AUACAUGCAGGAGGAGAUCGAGACUGAGAUCUACACAGCGGGGCUAGUGGUGGUUGAAAAACCCACUCUUGUUGGGUUUUGGCAGGUGAUUGCGGGGGCGGAUCAUUGGGAGCAUGACAAGUCGAAGGGGAGGGUGUCGUUUGUUAGCGACCCACUAUACAGGUAUCUGCACCAUUUGCUCGCCACUUCUAUAUCAGCGCGCGGCUACAGCCGUGAGUGGUGUACGACCACAGAUCUUUUUUUCCUAUAUUGUUUGUUGUAUAGGAGGCCGUGCGCGCUAGCACACGGUCUAGCCCAGUACUUCGCCUCCGGCCAUCACCGGCAGGAGCGCGGAUUUUUGUAUGGCGGGGCGUACGUGACCGUCAUUGCCCGUUCAUUUGGCCUCGUACCACAUCAGGACCCACAUCUACGGACGCCGGCCAUCAUGCCGACGCGGAUGGGUAUGCCGUCGCUAUGGGGGAUGAGGGUUAUCAAGAGGUUCCCGGUUGGCCCGCGGUUUAAAAACCGCGAGGGGGGCGUAUGGAGAGAGGAGGACCUACCAGAGCAUUUCGAGGACGUUCAUCCUCCUGCAGAUCCUGCUGAUGUAGUGCCCGUGGAGGACCCUCCGGAGGAUCUAGACGGUGCAGCGGGGCCACAGCCACCGCCACCUGCCGGGGCACCUCAGUUUCCACGUCACGCUAUUCGAGGUGGUGCCCCAGGAGCUGCACUACAUCCGGAUGUACUAGCCAGGCUUGACAGGCUCGACGAUUUGGUAGGUUGGUUGGUACGGGCGGAGCAGGAUAGACGAGAGAGAGAGGGAUUACCCCCGAUACCGCUUCCACCGGUUCGAGCACCACAUCAGCAGCAGCAGCCGCAGCAGCAGCACCAGCCGCAGCAGCAGCAUCAGGAUUCAGAUUCGGAUUUGGAUGCAUAGACCUGUUGUUGUUUUUAUUGUUAUUGUGGAUGUACAAACUUAUCUUCUAUAUUUUUGUUAUGGAUGUAAACAGUUAUCUUAUAUAUGUCAUAUUUAUGUUUGUUUUCAGUUAUUCGGUUACUCAAUGAUUGUUCUCUUAAAUUUAGAUAAUACGGAAACAAUAUAACCCCUGAAUAUAAUACGGAAACAAUAUUUGAAAGAAAUAAAAUUUUAAUCGAAAGAAUAAUAUUUAAAA